AUGUGUCUCCACAUCCACAAGACGACACGGGAGACGCAGUCCGGUUCCAGGCGCCGCCGCCCUCCCGCCGAGCGCCCGGGCGGCGUCCGCGAGCAGCAGGGCGACAGGUGCCGCGUCUUGUCCACACCCCAAGGGCCGGGAGGCCUUGAGGCUGGCUCGGCAACGGGAACAAGAACCGACUUCCGCGAGGAGGACCUAGGAAGAACAGCCACGGGCCACCGAGAAUGGGGCACCAAGAACAGGGCACCAGAACAGGGCACCAAGAACAGACACCUGCGGAGUACAAGAACAGACAGCCUACGGACAGAACACAAAGAACAAAAAAGUGCGGAGAAUAGAGCACCAAGAAUCAGACAUAGGAAGAACACCUCGAAGAGACCUAACCAAAGAACAGAGAAACCAAGAACAAGGCACACGAAGAACACAACAUCGAGAACAGCGAGAGGGAUGAGAACCCAUAGUACCGAGAGGAAAAACGUUCCCAAACGACAGCAUUGGGGAGAAGCCGCUGGGCAAAACCACGAGGCGGGAGGCCGAAGAGGCCGCCGCCCGCCGCCCGCGGGCAGGAGGAUCCCCGAGCAAGAAACGCAACUCCUGACACAUCCCCUUCAAGAACUGCAACUCCAGACUCCUCCUGCAACCUUUCCGGCUCCCAGAACACAUUCGAGCGAGAACGCCCCCCCCCCACCCCCGACCCUGCCACUCAACCCCUUCUCCAGGGCAGGAGGCGGCGUUCGUUCGCGCGACGGCAGCAUCCGCUUUAACGUCGCCCCGAACGAACGCAGCCAACCCCGAGAGCGGCCCCGACCCGAGCGAACGCGGCGGCACUCGGGGGCCGAAUGGACGGACUUUCGAAGCCUCUCGCUGUCCUUCCUUCCUGAGUUACGAACACUCGGAGCCCAAGUUCCCCGCUAUCGGAAAACAAUAGAAAUUCUCGCGGCCCGGCCGUGUUUACUCUCUUAUAUCCGCGAGUACACAACUUCUAUCGCAAAUCCAUGCUAA